AUGAACGCUGCGAAACUCGAGUAUAUGGCAGUAUUCGAGCAAUAUGAUUCACAUUCAAGGGACUACACUAAAGAGAAGCCAUACGACUGUAUUUUGCCUAAUUCAAGUAACCAAGAAUUCAGUCAUCUCGACAAGAUGUUGCGGCAACAGCACCAGCAAGCUCAGUUCGUCGUUCCUGACUUGAUCAAAAGCAAGCGAAAGUCUGUAGUGAUCAAAUCACUCGCAUGUUUACGCACACAAAAGGACUGCGAUGAAAUAAUGGAAGAUCUGUUCUCAAUAUCUGAUUCGAGCCUAUCGUCCGAUGAAGAGCAGGAUGCUGAUGAGGAGCAGGAAGAUCAGCUUAAUCAACAAUUAACAACAACAACAAUUACAGAAACACCAAUGCAAACACCAGCACACAUGCUAUUACCUCAUAUAGCAGAUUACUUGGUCAAGCAUCCCGAUGAGCCACCGGAGAACUUUCUGUUUAAACACUAUCACCGGCUAUCACUUGAGGAUCUGCAUUAUCCUAUAGAAAAGAUUGGGCACCUUAUACAAUCAUGCAACUCGCUCGCUGAAGGAGUUUACAUUACAAUGGAUGAAUUUGAAGCACUCCAAGGAUUCAGUCGAUUUUUCACUAUCCAUUAA